CGGGUGUCGACGAGUAGUCCAGCAGACGGCGAACGGCGGCUGAGAGAUAGAGGUCUCCUCUCUGACUGACUGGAGCAGAUUGUCUCAUUCAAACCAAGAGAUGGCAGCAGUACCGAUGGUGAACCUGCGGGCGGCGACACGGCGCGUGGUGGUGACUGGUAUCGGUCUGGUCACACCGCUCGGCUGCGGCACAACCGUCACCUGGAACAGAUUGCUGCGGGGCGACGUGGGCACGGUGGCGGUGGACGCCCGCGAGUACGAGCAGUCGCGCUCGCUGGUGGCGGCGCUGAUCCCCCGCGGCUCCGAGCCCGGCCAGAUGGACAUGGCGGCGCGCUUCAGCGAGGCAGAGCGGCGCGUCAUGGCGCCGGCGGUGCGGUACGCGCUGCUGGCCGCCGAGGAGGCCGUCCAGCAGGCCGGCUGGGCGCCCACCACCGAGGAGCAGCAGGAGCGAACCGGUGUGGUAAUGGGCAUCAACAUGACGGACACCCAGGAGAUCAUCAGCACCUCGGACCAGUACGGCGCUGGCGGCGGCGGCGCAAACAGCAUCGGCAGGCACUUCAUCCCGCGCAUCUCGCUCAACAUCGCCGCCGGCCAGCUCAGCAUGCGCUACAACUGCCGCGGCCCCGUGCAGACAUGCUCCAACGCCUGCGCGACGGGCAGCUACGCCGUCGGCGACGCCUUCCGCUUCAUCAGGGACGGCUACGCAGACGCCAUGCUGGCAGGAUCGGCAGACGCCAACGUGUUCCCGCUGGCGAUGGCUGGCUUUUGCCGGCUUGGCGCGCUCAGCACCGCCUACAACAGCGAUCCGGCGCACGCGUCGCGGCCAUUCGACGCCGCCCGAGAUGGCUUCGUGCUGGGCGAGGGCGCCGCUGUGCUGGUGCUGGAGUCUCUGGAGCACGCGCGCCAGCGCGGCGCUGAGGUUCUGGCAGAGGUGCUCGGCUUCGGGCUCUGCUCGGACAGCUUCCACGCCACGGCGCCGCGGCCGGACGGCGACGGCUCGCGGCGCGCCAUGGCGCUGGCGCUGCGGGACGCCGGCCUGCCGCGAGAGGCCGUCACUCAUGUGAACGCACACGCCACCGCCACGCCAGUCGGUGACGGCAUUGAGGCGCGCGUGCUGCGCGACCAGCUGCCGCACGCGCCGCUGGUAUCGGCUAUCAAGGGCGCGCUGGGACACAUGAUGGCCGCUUCUGGAGGCGUGGAGGCGGCCGUGACGGCUCUCAGCUGCCAGCAUGGCCGCGUGCCGCCCAUCGCCAACCUGACCCAGCCGGACGUGGACGGCAUCGACUACGUGCGCGACGAGCAGCGUGAGUGGAGCGUCUCGCACGGCCGCAGGAUCGCGCUCUCCAACUCGUUCGGCUUCGGCUGUGUCAACACGUCCCUCUGCAUCGCUGAGUUUCAGGACUGAUGACUGCCAGGGCGGAGAGUGACCGGAGGUGGUCAGAUGAAUCUCACUGCUGUCGCCGUUCGAAGGAUAUUUUCGAUGGAUAUUCCGAUGUUGACCUAUGACGUUACACUUGUAAUGCGGCGGCAGGUACGCCGCUGUUGAUGGGAUAAUCACGAGUGCUAAUAAGCAUGAGCAGCGAAAAUCCCAUAAAUUCACUCAUUGUUCAGAUUAUGAUAUUUCUUGUGUUGUUGUCACACUUUGUUAGUAGGUAAGCGAUGUUGACGUCACUUUCAAUCUCGAUUAUUUAUGAGCAGAUAUAUAUGAUAUUUAUGACAUGACGAUGGCGAUGUUCACCUGACUGUGUCGUUAUUGAGCUAUUAACCUGUACUAUUGUCUGAUGACGUGUGUUACCGACGCACAUUCUCCAUGAGGUUUAAUAGCCAGUGAUAUUUUAGAAUACAUGUUGAAACAUACAAUAUAA